AACAGAUCACGUCUGUAGUUGUCAUGACGUGGACUGUCUGUCUUUCUUCAGUCUGUGUUCUGCCUCCACCACCGACCGCAGCUCCUCACAGACCGACAAAACAACGAACCACACGCCGCUAACUUCCCCGGGUCAGCGGGCGCCUUCAUCGGCUAAGAUGACGUGGUGACCCUGGGUCGGCCAGGCCGUGAGAUGUUUGCAGCUUGGCUCGGAGUCAGGAAGGAGCAGAGAGAUUGAGAAAGGAGAAUGGGCAGGAGCGUCUGGGGCUGCUCGCAACUUAUCUUCUCUACUGCGGUGCUGUACGGCUCACUGGCCCUGUUCACCUCCAUCCUCCACAAUGUGUUCCUGCUUUACUACAUGGAGACCUUCGUGUCUAUCUACAAGAUUGAUAAAGUCUCCUUCUGGGUGGGAGAGACGGUGUUCCUUCUAUGGAACAGCCUGAAUGACCCUCUGUUUGGAUGGCUGAGUGAUCGCUCCUUCCUCAGCUCUCCACAGACGGGCUCUCCGAUCACAACUCCGGAGGUGGUGCUGAAGCGCCUGAAGGCUCUCUCCACUAAUGGCCCCCUCUUCGCUCUGUCCUUCCUGGCCUUCUGGGUGGCUUGGGCCCGGCCAGGCCUGCAGUUCAUGCUGUGCCUGUGCAUGUACGACGGUUUCCUCACCAUGGUGGACCUCCACCACAGCGCCCUGAUGGCGGACCUCGCCGUGUCCGCCACAGAUCGCACGCGCCUCAACUUCCACUGCUCGGUGUUCAGCGCUCUGGGCUCAUUCUCCGUUUUUCUGUCCUAUUAUUUCUGGAACAAGGAGGAUUUUUACUCUUUCCGUCUCUUCUGCAUGGCUCUGGCAGCUUUUUCCAUCAUGGGCUUUGUGUUAGUGUCCAGGGUUCUGCAGCGUCGUUUUCAAAAGGAAGUCCGUCCAAGACAAGAUGAGGCACUAACGCUCAAAGAAUUGAGUGUUGGCCAUGCACCACUAAGCCAUCCAGAAAAACCUGUCUCGAUUGGACAGUACCUCAAGCAGCUCUCCAGACAGAAGAAUUUCUUGUGGUUUGUGUCAAUGAAUCUUGUUCAGGUGUUUCACUGCCACUUCAACAACAACUUCUUUCCUCUUUUCCUGGAACAUCUUCUCUCUGACAACAUUUCUGCCUCCACAGGUUCUAUCUUACUCGGGAUCUCUUACAUUGCCCCCCACCUGAACAACCUGUAUUUCCUCACACUGUGCCAGCGCUAUGGGGUUUACCAGAUUAUCCGCUGGCUGUUCAUGCUCAAGCUGGGACUUGGUGUGUUUAUGGUGCUGGCAGGGGCAGACCACAUUUAUCUGCUGUGCAUCUUCAUUGCUAGUAAUCGAGUGUUUACAGAGGGGACGUGCAAGCUGCUGAAACUUGUCAUUUCCGACCUGGUGGACGAAGACUUUGUGGUGAACCGACGGCAGCAGGCCGCCUCCGCUCUCCUGUUCGGGAUGGUCGCCCUGCUCACCAAACCUGGCCAGACCUUCGCCCCACUCAUUGGCACAUGGCUGCUCUGUGUUUACACAGGUUAUGAUAUUUUCGAUAGGGAACCGGUGAAGGACUCUCUGGUUGCGGUGCCUGACGUUGCCUCCGGCUUAGGGACCCCGCCCCUUCGCCUGGGCUGCUUUUACAUGUUGGUGUUCGUGCCUAUCACCUGUGCCCUGCUCCAGCUGGCCGCCUGGUCCCAGUUCACACUUCACGGCCGCAAGCUGCAAGGGAUCAAGACGCUGAGGCAGUCGGCCCAGCACGGCCACCUCAUCGAUGUCAAGGCUAUAUGACCAGAGCAGAGAGGAUCGCAGCUGCACUCAGACACUUUUUACUAAUCACGUUUACUGUCCCCUUGAAGAUGAUGAAGCAGAAACCUGCUCGGAUUCAUUCGUUGUUCAAUAACACAGAAUGUGGCUUUAUGGUCGGUAGAAAAAUGGCGAAAAAAAUGUGACCACAAAUACCACUAGAAGGAGCACGAAACUUGCCUUAUUUUUAUAUUGAGAUAUUUACCUAUAUUUAUAUUUGAACAGAUGACCAAAAGUUAAAGUAGAACCAAUCAAUCCGUUUGGUGUAGAAGGACCAAGGAACCAACUCCUCCUGGUGCAGGCCAAAGAUAGGGUGCCCUCUUUAAAAAGGGCUUUUAAAGUGUAAUUUAAUAGUCGGUGAUGACCAGUAACAUCAGUGUGUUUACAGCAGAGCUACUGUUGUGAUCUGUAACGUUUUAAACAGGAGGAAUAAAAUGUUUUAAAACCGUGACUGUGUUCAGAGUGCCGUUGGUACUGCGAGGAUCCUGCUCCUCAGGACCCGUUUCUAACUGUUUUCUGACGACGCUCGGGUGUUGGUGUCGAUUGUGAAGAUGUUUUUUGCACAAAACUGCCAUUUGUCUCUUGUACUUCUAACAUUCUGACUGUGACACACGUCAUGUACGGUUGUAAUAAAACUGGAUAGAGUAAUUCA